CGCAAAUAGUGCUAAUUAUGACGCGCAGCCAAGGAACUUGGUGGUGCUGCAGCUUUGGCGGACUUUUAAUUGUCCUUUUAACCCUGCAGUCGAUGCCCCAGGGCAGCGAAGGAUCCAACAUUCUGGGCGUCUUCACCAGUCACAGUACCUCGCACUUUAUCGUGCACAUGUCCGUCAUGAAGACGCUGGCCGAGAGGGGACACAACGUGACCGUCCUGUCUGUCGUGCCUCCCAAAGUGACCCACAAGAGCAUUAAGCAUAUUGUUGUCCCCAUUAGUGCCGAGGAGGAGAAGCUCCUCCAUGCGGGCCUCUCCCAAAUGGCUAAGGAGAAGCCAUCAAUUUGGACCGCCAUGAAGUCCAUUUUCGGUUCUUUGGUUAUGCUUAUCGAGAAGCAAGCGGACGUGCUGGAGCAUCCGCUUUUUCAGGAACUCUACCUCAACAAGGGCAACCAGUUUGAUGUGGUAUUCGUCGGCUUCUUCUUCAACACCUACCAGGUCGGGCUGGGUGCCAGAUUUAACUGCCCCGUAAUUGUAUCCUGGAUGGGUCCACCCGUGCUCAUGGUCAACGAUGUGCUCGGCAACCCCGAGCUGUCCACCGUACCCCAAAUGCAGAUUGCCGUGCCCCCAGGAAAAGCCAUGAACUUCCAGCAGAGGGUUCAAAACUUCUUUACCACCCUGGGCUUCAAUGCUCUGCAUGUCUACCUAAACCACAAAUACAACAAAUUCUAUGAUCGCCUUUGGGGCAAGGACAAAUCGAUGCCCACCUUUGAGGAGGCCAUGAAGAACGUCUCCCUGGCUUUUUGCAAUGCCCACGGCAUCAGCGAAGGCCCCAUUCGUCCGAAUGUUCCAAGUAUAAUUGAAAUUGGUGGCAUCCAGGUGAAGAAAAGGCCUGAUCCUUUGCCGGAGGACAUCAAAGAAUUUCUCGAUAAGGGACAAAACGGAGUCAUUCUAUUCAGCCUUGGUUCCAAUUUAAAGGGCGAACAUUUGCAGUCAGGGGUGGUGCCUAUCAUAUUCAAGACAUUGAGCAGCCUGAAGCAGCAAGUGAUCUGGAAGUGGGACGACCUUGAGAAGACCCCUGGCAAGGCGUCGAAUAUUCUCUACAAGAAGUGGCUGCCCCAGGACGAUAUCCUGGCUCACCCUAAGAUAAAGCUAUUCAUCACCCAUGCAGGAAAAGGAGGUGUAGCUGAGGCCCAGUACCACGGAGUGCCCAUGCUGGCCCUUCCCGUCUUCGCCGAUCAGCCUGGCAACGCCGAUAAGCUGGUGGAGAGUGGCUACGGCCUCCGUCUGGAACUGAACUCCCUGGAUGUUGCCGAGUUUAAGGAAGCCAUCAAGGAGAUCAUUGAAAAUCCUAAGUACGCCCAGAAGCUGAAGAGCUUCUCGCAAUUGUACCGCGAUCGUCCUCUGAGUGCCCAGGAAUCGGUUGUCUACUGGACGGAGUACGUGAUCCGCCACCGUGGAGCUGCUCACAUGCAGAGUCCUCUGGUGCACAUGAGCUUCGUCGCCAGCAACAACCUGGAUAUCUGCAUUAUCACCGCCCUGCUCCUCUACGUUAUCUUCAUCAUCAACAAGAUCUUUUGGAAAUUCAUCUGGAAAAAGCUAUUUGGCAAAUCGAACAAAGCUUCUCAAAAGAAGAAGGUGAAGAAGCAGUAGAUCAAGUCGUACGGAAAUCUUUAGAUUCUUGUAGCUUUACACUAAAAUAUAUUUUAUAUAUUACCCCAAAUAUAAUUAAAAAUCAAUCC